AUUAACUCGAACAUAACGUUUGAAGCUUUGUCAGUAUGUGCAAGGUUUUUCAACCGAUUGUCGUUGUUCUGGUGUGUAUGCCAAACGAACAUUUAAGACUCAGAUAAAAUAAAAUUUAUAGUCAAUUUGUUAUUCAAAGUAAUUCGUGUUAAACGUGCAUAAUGACUGUCUACAAGAAAUGAAUACAUAAAGUUGCAAUUUAUCAAGAAAAACAAUUCCCGUCAUGGAGUAGAGCAACAUUCGUAGCGAGCGCAAUGGCAUCAACGUCUGGUGCAUCGAACGAUACACGAAGAAACUUUUACGAGGCUGCACUUGCUCGGAUCGCCCGUGCCACGGGCGACCGUUGUCGAUACAAUUCUAUCGCGAGUUGCGACCGGACCGUUCAAUUAAUCGCUCCGAUUAACGUUGUCUCUCGGACAUCAAGUGCGGCGGAUUAACGGAGGGUGGUGGUGUCCUUUUCUGUUGGUCGCAGAUUUAGUGCGGCGCCGCGGCGUGUGGCGUCGCCUGGCGGGGGGUGCGCCGUCGCUCGUAAAGCAUCGGCCGCCACAUUCAACUGACGCGCGUCUCGGCGACUACGCGUUGCGUAACACACCGCGCCAUAAACAACACGACGUGCUCGCCGCUUGCCGCUUGCCGCUCGCCGCGCCGAGCCGCUCGCCGCUCGCUCGCCGGCUACCUGGCUGACUCUACUGGCGGCUACUUACCCACGUGCGGCACAUGCAUUACGUAUUGCGCUCAUGCCGCAACUAAAACGCUGACACGUGACUCGUGGCACAGCGGAGUGAAACUCUCGGAACUCUUUUCGGCAGAACUGUGAGUUUUGUGAAGAAGUUUAUAGGGGAGCGGAAUGGCGCGAGUCCGUUUGCCGUCGGCGAGCCGCGGCCGCCCGGCUUAAGAUUCGCCGAAAAGCAGAUGAGAAGACACCGUCCGUCAGCACCGCGUGAAUUGCAACUGAGUUCAAUAGUCGUCGUGUAGUGAAUGGAAUCCGAAGUGUUUGUGUUGUGACUGAACUGUGAUAAGGUAGUGUCGGCCCCAGGGGCCGAAAAUCUGCGACGGAAGAUACGGACGCGAGCCGCGCGGGCUGCAGGCCCGCGAUGAGCGCCAACAAUUGCGACAGCAUGACAUAUUUCUCAAACGCUUACAUGCCGGACAUGAGGAACGGCGGCGGCCAUGAGCACCAGCAAGCGCACGCGCACUACGGUGCGGUGCCGCAGCAGGGUCAUGAGAUGGAGGGCUGUGACCAGCAGCUCAGGCCGGCCCAGCACCACUACCCGGCACAGCCGGCCCCCGGCAUGCCCUACCCCAGGUUUCCGCCCUACGACAGGUUGGGCUACUACCAGCAGAUGGAGCAGAACGGUUAUCGGCCGGACAGUCCAUCUCAAAUGGGGCACAUGGGUCCGAAGACGGACGGGUACGGGCCGAACGGGCACCAACCACCGGCGCCGGCGGUGUACACGUCAUGUAAGCUGCAGGCGGCUGCAGCGACGGCGGGUGGCGUGCCGGGCAGUCCGCCACUCGAGCAGGCGCAACAGAUGCCCCACCACAUGCACCCACAGCAGCACAUGGUGCAGCAUGGCGUGCCGCCGCACCAACAACACCUCAUGUACCCCGUGGACGAUAUGCAGCAUCAGACGCAAAUGCCGCCCAUGCACCAGCAGUCCAUGCAUGCGCAGCAACCGCCACCGCAACAACCCCCGCCCAACACUAACGCAUCGCUGCCCAGUCCACUUUACCCAUGGAUGCGAAGUCAAUUUGAACGGAAGCGGGGUCGGCAAACGUACACACGCUACCAGACGCUCGAGCUGGAGAAGGAGUUCCACUUCAACCGGUACCUGACGCGGAGGAGACGGAUCGAGAUCGCGCACGCGCUCUGCCUCACCGAGAGACAGAUCAAGAUCUGGUUCCAGAACCGCCGCAUGAAAUGGAAGAAAGAGAACAAGACCAAAGGCGAGCCUGGUUCCGGGGACGAGCCGGACAACAUGAGUCCGCCCACUUCGCCACAGUAAAGGCCCCUAGCUUAGUUCAUGCGGUCCAAGCGAACGACUAAAUUGUUUCAGAUUGGAUCACGCAACAACCGUCACCCUGCGUUGGUUUUCCUUGUAUUAUUUCGCUUGAAGUCGAAUUUUACGUUCGAUUGAUUCGAUGGAGUGAAUAAAUCUGAAACAAUCGGUCCGAAGGCCGAAGUUACUAGAACAGUUUAAUUUGUAUAAAUUGUAUGUUGGACUUUUCAUAAUAAUAUUACAUUAUAACUAAUACGUAACCUAGUGAUUUGAAAUAAAGAGUAAUGAUAGUGUGAUGAAGAGAUUUUUACAGUUGUUAAGUAUAAAUUAAUUUAUAGAACAAUCUCAAUACCAAUAAUUACCAAAAACGCAGCGUGUAAUGAUUAGUAAUCUGUAUUGACGUUUAUGUGAUUAUAUAGUUGAAUAAUGUCAUUGUUUGGAAUUGUUUCUUCUCUUACUUCCAAAAUGUCACGAUCAUUAUGUUGGGACGUGUAUGACGGAGUGCUUGACUAAUGCGACUAUGUGUAAUUUUUACUGUUCCGUUAAAAGCGAGCAUUUGUUUCACGCCGGUAUUUAUUGUACAUUCGUUCACAAAGCGUGGCACUUUAAUUAUAAAAACUCGUGGCGUCCAUAGUCGGUCAUGAUUCCAGUUAGCUUUAACGUCAAGCACGACGUCAGAGGGUAUAGUAAAUCUCUCAUAAUUUUGAAUCACAAAACCAUAAGGACCUCUUAUAAUUAACCAUUGAUAAGAAGGCAAUUAGUAUCCAUAUUGUUAUUAUUUAAUAUAUUUGAUGUUUUAUUUCUUACUUAAGCUGACGAAAUACUAUUCUGUAAAUACAUAAUAAUUUUAGAUUUUAUAAUGUACAAUUGUUUUAGUGUGAAUAAUAUCGAGAUUAAUUUGUGAAACAACGAUCACUUGGUGUUUUUGAGUUUUGCAGUAUGUGUGUUUAUGUGACGUCUAUGUUUGUUUUAAUGAUUAUUGACUAUUGACUGUACGCGUAAAGAGUAGUGCGGAAGGCCAGUUAUACAAGUGCAAUGUAUACGAUUUUUGAUGACACAUAUACGUAAUUAAUAACUGAUAAAUAAGCGUGUAAGAAAUCUAUUAUUAUCGUAACGCGUUACGAGAACGAAGCUUAUUAUUUAGGUGAAGACGAGUAUCUAAAACAUAAAAUAUUCUUUGAUAAACUUCUAUUACGAAAUAUUAGUAUACGCCUCUAGUGUGGACGUUUAAAAGACAUCUUAAUGCUGAAAUGCUAAACGAUGAAAACUAAACUAUGAUAAUAAAAGUUACCUUCAACGUUGUAGGUGAACAUAUUGAUUUCUCACUUCAGAUUUCUUUGUGUAAUGUAGAUAUGACGAUACAUGUACUCAGUAUACCAAAGUUAGGAAAUAAACCGCUGAUGUUCAGUGUUUGUAUAAAAUAACCACUGUUAUUGUAAUUGAGACAUUAUCAUCGGACAGUUCGAAAGGAGAUCGUUUUAAAAUGGUAUUUUUAUAAAAUCAUUGCAUAAGGAAACCCGAUAUACGUAAAAAAAUAUCGAAGAUUGAUUACUAUAGGUAUUUACUCGUAACACUAUAGUGUAAAGGAUAUUAUUAAAGUGAAAACGAGGGCGAGUGAAAUUCGAAAGGGAGAAAUUUGUCAGGAUUCACGCGAUACGUUUUUCUUAGUAAUGUAAAACUUUGUAAAUUAUUUCUCACAUAGUUUGUAACUAGUGAACGUUUUUUACUUAGAACUCAGUGAGCAGGUUUAAUUUUUUAUAUAAAUAUUAUUAUUUGUGCUGUGUUCGUUAAGUGAAAUGUAAAUUGUAAUAAUUGUAUAUUGUCGAUAUAUUCAAUAUUUAUUUAUUGAUUCGCUUAAUUAGGUUCGCUUUUGUUCAUUUUUCAUUGUCGAAUUGGGUGGAUCUAACAGACUAGUGUCUGGCCGGGAACAUUUUGUUUUGGUGUUUGCUCAAAUGUCUUGCUUUGUAUCUAUCUAGCAAUAAGCAGCGUAACUUAAAAAGUAUUUGUGUUUUUCUAAAUAAUUACAAUCAUUGCCGUAAGUGGAAUGGUAAAGGAACUAUAGACCCCGCCAGAUCGCUACGUCAUACUUGAGUUCGAUUUGUAAAAUUUAUUAAAUUGAAUAAAAAUUAGGUUUAUCGAAGUAAAUUAAGUUUUGAUCGUUAGGUCUAUCGGCAACUGUCCUCAAUCUUUAAGAAAUAUUAGGUCAGUAGAGUGAAAAAUUUAUGAAUUAUUAUUUGAACAAUUUAAUUUCACUUAUGUCCUAUCGAUUCAAAAUUUAUGAAAAAUAACUAUAAUUAGUAACUUAAUAAGGUUAGGCGAGACGAUAUUGUCAUAAAUAUAUAAAUACAUGAAAUUAAUAAAGCAUAAUGAUUGUA